AUGAACAACCCAGAGCAUGAUCCCAUCAUGGCCAUUCAAAUCAACUGCUUCCAUUACGAAAGAAUUGCAAUCACACUCUGCGCCUCUCACAAGCUCGGCAACAUUUCCACUCUCAUCAACUUCGUCAAUGACUGGGCAGCCAUCACCAACCACCACCAAGAUCAGAACCACCCAUUACCCUCUCCGUCCUUACUGGACAUUAGAAUGUCCAUUUUCUCUCAAGGAGACCUGUCGGUUUACCAAGAGAAACCCUACUUUGGUCUCCCAAAAUCGGUCUACAAGAGGUUCGUGUUCGAAGCUUCCAAAAUCGAAGCCCUCAAAGCCACGGUUGCACCGAUUCAUCUGACAAGAUUUGAAGCGGUGGAAGCACUAAUUUGCAAGUGUACAACUUCUGCACUAGGGUUAAGUCCUAACUCCUCGUUGUUAAGCACGAUUGCGGUGAAUCUCUGCAAGAAGAUGGAUCCUCCUGUUCCAAACAAGACCUUAGGAAACAUGAUAAUUUUCUUCAUAUUUGGCAGUGGUGGUGCCGGUAGUGGUAGCGGUGGCAGUGGCGUUGGGGGAGGGUGA